AUGGGGAGCCAGGAGCAGGCCUAGGCGGCGGGGCGCCUGCUUUGCUGCUCGAUGUUGUCGCUGAGGGAGCCAGGUCCCAGCCCAGCCGACCUCUGCACCGCGCCGCCUCCUCCUCCUCCUCCUCGGGCUCCUUCCCCGCGAGGCUGGUGGCAGUGACCGGGGGGCCCUUCCGGGGCCGGCCCUCCUCCUCCUCCUCCUUCCUCCUCCCUAAAGCCAGGCGGCAGAGUCUUAUGCAUGAGAAGGAAAAAUGAACAGCACAAUGAACGAGGAACCUGAUGCGUUGUCUGUAGUUAACCAGCUGCGGGAUCUGGCAGCUGAUCCUUUAAAUAGAAGAGCGAUUGUCCAAGAUCAAGGAUGUCUACCAGGCCUUAUUUUAUUUUUGGACCACCCCAACCCUCCAGUUGUCCAUUCAGCACUACUAGCUCUUCGCUAUUUAGCAGAAUGUCGUGCCAAUAGAGAGAAAAUGAAGAGUGAGCUGGGUAUGAUGCUAAGCUUACAGACAGUUGUACAAAAGACCACAACACCAGGGGAGACAAAAUUGUUAGCUUCUGAGAUCUAUGAUAUUCUUCAGUCUUCCAGCAUGUCUGACAUUGACAAUGUGAAUGAGAUGAAUUCUCGACGUCGGAAAGCUCAGUUUUUCCUGGGAAGUACAAAUAAACGUGCCAAAACAGUGGUUUUACACAUAGAUGGCCUUGAUGAUUCGUCUCGGAGAAACUUGUGUGAAGAGGCCUUGUUGAAAAUCAAGGGGGUCAUCAGUUUCACGUUUCAGAUGGCCGUUCAAAGAUGUGUAGUCAGAAUCAGAUCAGAUUUGAAAGCAGAGGCACUGGCAACAGCAAUAGCAUCUACCAAAGUUAUGAAAGCCCAGCAAGUUGUAAAAGGUGAAAGUGGAGAAGAGAUGCUGGUUCCAUUCCAAGAUACGCCGGUAGAAGUGGAACAGAACACUGACCUCCCUGAGUAUUUGCCAGAAGACGAAAGCCCUUCCAAAGAGCAAGACAAAGCAGUGUCCCGUGUUGGGUCGCAUCCAGAAGGUGCAGCCAGCUGGCUGAGCACAGCUGCAAACUUUCUUUCUAGGUCUUUUUAUUGGUGACUGCAAAUCAAGGCUAAAAGACUGUGUGAACCAACAGGGGGCCAGUUUUCCAUUGGUGUGGUGAACUGCCAAGUGCAAUUUGCAAUAAGUUAUCACAACAGAUUUUUAGACUACACAAAACAUAUGCUGUGUUUUACAUUUUAUUGGACAUUUGGCCUUUUGGGCCAGUCAGAAGGAUGGAGGCCUCAAAUCAAGGUUUGUUCUUUUUCUUGCCCCUACCCCUGCUCUUAUAUAUUUUAUUGCCUCCUUUUUUAAUAUGGGUCCAUGAUCAACCAAACAUUUUUGAGUGUAUAAAGCUUUAAGUUAAAAUUCAUGAUAACUACACAUAGAGCCCAUUCAGCAUAAAUCUCAGGACAUCUGUGCCAGGAAAUAAUUAGUUUGAGUUUUGCAUGGGUUUAAAUGCCUUUUUUUCUUCAACUUGCCUUAUUUCAGAUUAUAUUUUUCCUCUGGAUGGUUGCUCUAGAGGGAAUAUCCUGAUUUCUUUGCCAUUUCAUUUGGGUUUUUCACCCCAACUUUGUUCAGAGCCAGUGUGUCUAUAUUCCACUUGUUGCUUUGCAAGGGAAUACGUCCAAUGAGGUUAAUACGUCCUUAGUGUCUUGGAGUCUUCACCCCUUAAUUGACAGCCUAUUGCCACUCUCAGUCUGAACUUUAGUAAUAAGAUAUUAAGAUGAAAAAUAUAUUUGCAUAUAUUUUACAGUAAAUAACUGACUGUAAGAAAAUGCUUAUUAAGGAUGGCCAUGAUUCUUUAAAUAUGAUCAGAAAUAGCUGUUGGAAAUUUAGUUUGGUUUAGGAGCUCUGGUGUCAGAAUUUGCAAUCUGUGCCAGUGAUACCUUGUUGCAGAUUUUGUCUGUGGUAGAAAGUGUGGUGAUGGCCUUGUUUAAAAAUUAUUUUCAGUCAAUGAUGAGAACUGAAAAAAACAUUGUGUGUGUGUGUGUGUGUGUGUGUGUGUUGGGGACUAAAAUGCUGAAUAUGCCAUAGUGCCACUGCCCUACAUGUCAAACAUUGAUGGCUUGGUGGAAAUUUGACUAUUAUCCUUGUUGCCUUUGACAGAGUGCUUUUAUAUUCCACCUCCUUGUACUAUGGCAGGCGGCAUGAGAUGUGGAACCAUGUGAAAGCUGGUUGUGGAGCUGGGAAUAGUGCAGGAAUGUGCCUGAUGUCCCCAGGGUAGCGUUGGCAACCUACAAAAGUGGAAGCAAUCCACAAAAGUGCACUAACCUGGUCUAGACAACCAACAGACCAACCCAUAGCUGCAUAGUUGGUUUCAUCUCAUGGUGAUGCAGACAUAGUAAAUGUUAAUAGGUGCCUGGAUCACUGCAUCUUGUUUCUGCUUAGCUGCCAGAAAGUUUAAUACAUACAGGUGAAAUUUCAAUACGUAAAUAAAUAAAUAUUAGACAGAGCAAUUUAAGUGACUGAAAUCUAGGCUGAGAUUUUUCUUGAUAUGUUAGAACAACUCUAAUACUGAGUCUACUAUCUUCCAUUUUGUGACUCAAUCCAUACAGAUAUUGACUACAUCAGUGAGUUAAAUGUUUUGAGGCAUAGCUUUGCCCUUUUGAUAGUCUUAUCUCUUGUGACUUGCACAACAGCAAUUAAGUAGCAUCAAGUAAUUGUCAGUGUAAUGAAAACAACAUGCAAAGGAGAGAGGAAUGUAAAAUACCAGUAAUUAGUCAAAGUUCACUUAAAUUCAGUGUCCAUUUGAAAUAAUAGAAUUUACUUUCAGAUUUGUUUUCCCCUCUUUUUUUUAUACUGUAUCUAGGGUUUUUGUUUUGAAGUUUACACGCACAGAAUACAAGCUUUCUAAGGCAUGUAUUGUAUUAAAUAUGUAUUACUAAGCAUAUUGCUGUCUAGAAUGUUACAAUACCAGACGUGUUUGCAAAGCCCCUGUUAGAUAGCCAUGGACACAAUGUUUACUUUUAACAUCUCUGUCUCUUUCUUUCUGUGUGUAUUUUGCAUUGCCGCACACUCACUGCACUACAUGACAUACCCCUUUGGAUAUUAAUGGUUCAGUACAAAGUAGAUAUUAAAAACUCAUGUAUUCAAUUUGUAGGUAUGCUUUUUUGGUAUUGCAGCUCUCUCAUUUGAAGUGUCUGUAAAAGAGCUUUUCAAAUACUGUAAAAUAAAAGUGAAAUAUAAUGAA